GGUCGGGCAACGUUUCAUUAGUAGUCGAGUCGUCAGUCCGAAAACAAGUGCCAUUCCGCUCCAAAUCGAAAAUAUCAUCAUACUAACCCCUUCUUGUCUGACUUAGUAGUAUACACAGUUUGAACAGUCGAGCAACUUUGUAGUGCGCGUUGCGAAUCGCAGUUGGAGAAGUUUUAGUUUUUUUUUUGCGUGAUUGUUACACUUUAUUUCAACAGUUUCAGUUUGUGAGUGAAACGAACCGAAUUGUGUUGUGUCUCGAGGAUUAUUUGUUUGCAAUUGUUUGAACGUUGAAAGUUGGAAAUCUUUUUAUUUUGUACCAUUUCUGUACGUGGUGACAGUUUUAAGUGGAAAUAAUCGUUAAUUUCAUCAGGUUUCGACGAAAUAUCAGCAUCUGUUUAGGUCAACUGGAUUAGAUUAAAGCUUCAAUCAUACAGACGAAGGAUUAACCAUCACACAUCUCUUGAGGUUGGAAGCGCCUUCGAAUUCCCCAGCAGCGCUUUGGAACGUUUGAUUGUUUUGGGGUUGAGUUUUAGUGUCUUGCCUGCGAAAUAUUGUUGGUUUGAAAAUGGUUGUGUUAACGUCUACCGAGACAGCCUGCUGCAGCAGCACCACCACUACCACCACAUCAUUCAGUGCCACCAAGGGCGGCAGCCGCUCCUCGUCUUGGAUCAAGCGCCGGAAGAGCACCGGCGUUGUCCGGAAGAAGUACAAAGAUUCGUACCGCGUAAUGGGUGGAUUCGAGCAGCGUCCAUGGACACCAACUAAACGACGCGGUCCCAUUGCAGCGGAGCAUCGUGGACCGGGACCGCAGUAUCUGCUACCACAGCUGCUAGGCACCCGAGUGGUCGAUUCGAAGCGUUCGGCUGCACCCGCGUACAGUUUCGGCCAACGGCACCGAGCGCGGACGGAAUCGUUCAGCCCGGGACCGCUGUACAACAUCACCGGGCUCGGCUGCAAGGGCAAAGACACCCCGCCCGCCUACUGUUUGCAGAGUCGGCCGAAGGAAAUCCCCAAAUACCUCACACCGGCACCGGGAGAGUACAACGUCGAGAAGGCGGACAAGUUGCUGGUGAAGUCGGCACCCCGGUACACGUUCGGAGUGAAAAAGCCGCCCAAAUCAACUAGUGAAACACCAGCUCCCUGUGAUUAUAAGCCAGAAAAAGUAGUCUUAGAUAGUACACCCAAAUUUUCCUUUGGAAUUAGGCCGGAAAUAAAAGUUCGUAGUGUAUCCCCAGCUCCUGGAACAUACUCUCCGGAAAAAGUAUUACACGACAAAUCACCAAAGUUUAGCUUUGGCCUCAAAGUGAUUCCAGAAAAGAUGGAAGAUACACCCGCCCCUGGGGCAUAUCAGCCAGAAAAAUCCGCCCUGGCACUGGACCGAAAACCUGCCUUCACCUUUGGACUGAAAACAAUCACCGAGCGUCCCAAAAAUACGCCAGCACCCGGUGCCUACGAGCCGGAAAAAACGAAACUUGACAAUACUCCUGCGUACAGUUUUGGGCUGCGGCCAAAUCUGGACAAACCGAACACUAAUCCUGCACCCUGUCAGUACGAGCCCGAGAAAGCCAAGAAACUCGAUCACUCACCCGCAUAUCCAUUCGGCAUGCGCAUCAAUCACGACAAGCCAAGCAACACGCCUGCCCCCACGGCUUACGCAGUAGAAAAAGUAAACCUAGAUCACAAUCCCGCGUACAGUUUCGGACAGCGUACGAACACUAGCAAACCGAACAGUAAUCCAGCGCCGGGAGCUUAUUCACCGGAGAAGGCCAAUCUGGACGGAGCCCCGAAGUACAGUUUUGGCAUCAGACCGACAAUCGACAAACCGGAUGGCAUUCCUGCCCCAGGGGCAUAUUCUCCCGAAAAGGCCAAUGUAGACAAUAGUCCAGCAUACAGUUUUGGUGCGCGACACAGUCUCGAUAAACCAAGUGACACACCCGGACCGGGAGCUUACGAUACGAAUAAGGCUGUGGACAAUAAUUCCCCCGCUUACAGUUUUGGGUCGAGAACAAAUACCGACAGAAAAAGUGAUAUACCCGGUCCCGGUGCUUACGAUUUGGAUAAGAUAACUGACACAACUCCUGCUUAUAGUUUUGGAUUAAGAACGAAUGUUACGAAGCCUUACGUGGUCCCAGGACCCGGGGCAUACGAUUCCGAUAAAAAUUACGAUAAAAGUACGCCUGCGUAUAGUUUUGGAUUAAAGUGCGAUGUAAGGAAACCUAACACAGUGCCCGGACCCGGAGCUUAUGACUCGGAUAAGGUUGACGAAGGAGCUCCCGCCUAUAGUUUUGGUAUGAAAACCAACAUAGAGAAGCCAAGUGUUAUUCCAGGUCCGGGAGCUUACGAUGCCGAUAAAACUGACAAAGGAGCUCCUGCCUACAGUUUUGGUGUUAAAACUAAUCUUGAUAAACCGAAUAAUGUUCCUGGUCCUGGAGCCUACAAUUUGGAUAAAGUUGAUAGUGGCGCUCCCUCGUACAGCUUUGGUGUUAAGGGUCAUGCUGAAAAACCGAACACCAUUCCAGGACCAGGUACGUACGACACUGAUAAGGUCGUCGAUAAAAGUACCCCCGCGUACAGUUUUGGUGUUAAGCCUAAUUUGGACAAGCCGAAUACCCUGCCAGGUCCUGGCGCGUAUGAUGCUGAAAAGGUCGUAGACAAAUCGACUCCUGCGUAUAGCUUUGGAAUUAAAACUAACGUGGAAAAAAUCCCACUUGUUCCAGGACCUGGCGCGUACGAUGCUGAUAAGAUCGUGGAUAAAUCCUCUCCUGCAUAUAGUUUUGGUUUGAAAACGGGCAUCGAACAGAAAAAUACCAUCCCCGGUCCUGGGACAUACAACAACGAUAAAGUAGUUGAUAGUACUACACCCGCGUAUAGUUUUGGUGUGAAGACCAACACAGGUAAAAUCGAGAAAACUCCUGCUCCUGGUUCAUACUCUCCGGAAAAAUGUAAGCUAGAUCAAACCCCACAGUACAGUUUCGGUGUAAAAACGAACGUAGAACGAAGGGACACCUUCCCUGGUCCUGGCGCAUACAAAACCGAAACAGUGAAGUUGGACAAUACUCCUGCUUUCUCAUUCGGGGUACGUCCCAAUAUCGAUAAGGUUGAUUCUACUCCAGCACCGGGCAGCUACUCACCGGAGAAGAUGAAAAUUCAUAAUCCCGCGUACACCUUCGGUGUAAGGCCAAACAUCGAUAAGAUCGAAUCGACUCCGGCUCCUGGUGCAUACAAACCGGAAACGGUCAAGUUGGAUGGAACCCCAGCUUAUAGCUUUGGAGUGCGCCCGAACAUUGAUAAAAUUCAAGUAACACCCGCACCCGGGGCCUACGAGGUGGAAAAGGUUAAACUAGACCACGCUCCAGCUUAUCCGUUCGGUAUUAAAGUCAAUCGAGAGAAGUUGAACGAUGUUCCAGCCCCCGGUACUUAUGAUCCCGACAAAUCAAAACUUGAUCACUCUCCUGCCUACACUUUCGGCAUUAAGCACAAAGGUGAAAAGCUGAAAGAUACUCCAGCUCCUUCCGCUUACCAGCCGGAAAAGUGCAAAAUCGACGCCUCUCCUGCAUUCACGUUCGGCAUGAAAGUAAACUACGACAGACUUAGCGAUAUCCCAGACAUUCAGAACCAUGCUGAACCCUCCACACUGGCCGUUAUGAGUAAUGGCGAUAGCACCAGCACCGCAACAACCCGUUCCGCCAAUAAGACAUCCACCACCGAAACAGUAAUCCAAAAUGGUGGCGGUACGGUAGCACUGCAGCAAACAAGCACCAGCAGCGCCCAAAGUAGUUCUCUCCAGCACCAGCAGAUGACACAUCAACAACAGCAACAACAGCAGACACAAGUGGUUACCAACGGGAAUGCCGUAACGACUACCACAACCAGUGGUAGCGUCAAGAUGACCAGGGAACGUAAAACGGUCCGCGAAGAGCGAUCAACCAUCAGUAGCGGUACGACGGAAGCCGGCGGAACCACAGUCGUAACCACUGUGACCAACGAAAACCUGGUUCCUAACUGCAUCGCCGGCGUCAAGCAGCUCCAGCAGAAUGUGCAACAUCAGCGAAUGGUUUGCACCGGUCACUUUAGGGCAUGAGCUCUAUGUUGUGCGGUUUUGUCUUGCAAAACGAUGUUUGCGAGUGUUUUUUUUACUUUCAUUGCUAUUCAAUUGUGCCCUAGAAUUACGUCUGCUUACCAGUUGUAGCUUGUAUUGCUUGUUUUAUUUGUUUUGUGACUCUGUACUUAUUUGUAUUGUAUCUAUUAGCUGUUGCACACUUGAACUAGUUUGAAGUAGUUAGUUUUGUGAUUUCCGUUUUGUAUUUGUCUAAUUAUGCAAGUAAUUCAAAUUAGAGUCGUAAGCGAUAAAUAUUGUAGGAACGAAGAUUCGUACUCUAGUUCUCAAUUUCACUGCAUAAUGCAUGUUGCUAAUAAGAUUUCAUACGCAAUGGAAUAUCCAUGUUAUUGGAGGUUAUUUUCAAUAAAUUUUGAAGAAACCAGCUGUUGUUUCGCCCAGAAAAGUGGCGGUUCAAUUAACUUUCAUGUCGGCUAGGUUCUAAUUAAAACAGUAUUUUUGUCGCGUG